AUGGCGCAGGCAGGAUCGUACAACAACCCCUUGAAGAAAUUCAAGCUGGUAUUUUUGGGCGAGCAGAGUGUGGGGAAGACAUCUCUCAUCACGCGGUUCAUGUACGACUCCUUCGACAACACGUAUCAGGCUACGAUCGGUAUCGAUUUCCUCUCAAAGGUUGACCCAGCACCAGACCGCGAUUCGAUAUUCAGGGGGCUAACUACGGAGCAGACUAUGUACCUGGAGGACAGAACAGUACGAUUACAGCUAUGGGAUACCGCAGGCCAGGAACGAUUCAGAAGUCUGAUUCCAUCAUACAUUCGAGAUUCCAGUGUGGCGGUUGUGGUGUAUGAUAUUUCCAACGCAAAGUCCUUCCAGAACACCAAGAAGUGGAUCGACGACGUCCGAGCCGAGCGAGGAAACGAUGUGAUCAUUGUUCUGGUUGGCAACAAGACGGAUUUGAAUGAGAAGCGAGAGGUUACGACGCAGCAAGGAGAGGACGAGGCCAAGAAGAACAACUUGAUGUUUGUGGAGACAAGCGCGAAGCUUGGCCACAAUGUUAAGAAUCUGUUCAAGAGGAUAGCACAGGCGUUGCCCGGAAUGGAGGGCUCUGAUGCAGCAGCUCAAGCAUCAAGCCAGAUGAUUGAUGUCAAAACAAACAACACGCCUGCCAACCAGGAGGGUUGCGCUUGUUGA